ACUGGAUGACUCGUCGUUCCGACGUUCACCUAGUAUCUUUAUAGUAAAUUCAAUUACGAUUCUCUUUUGUUUUGUUGUUGUUUUCUUUCUUUACAGGCCUGACCUCAACAAAGCAGUAAUCUAUAGCUGCUCAAUUGUGAGAUCUGUUGAGCACCCAACUGCGGUUCCUUCGAGUCAACGAAGUAACAGCUAUGGAGGAGGCACCGAGGCAGCGAAUGUCCACUGGACCAGAACUCGCUCUGACGCUGCUCCUCUCUCAUUUCUGCUGCAGUGUAUUUGUUAGACCUGUUGUUGAUCCGUACGUAACAGCAGUUUGGGGGAAGAAUGUCACAUUAAAAUGUAUGAUUGACAUAAAUGAAACCAUAAUACAAGUUUCAUGGGAAAAGAUAUAUGAUAAAAGUGCACAAACUAUUGUUGUGCAUCAUCCCGAAUAUGGGGUCUCUGUUCAAAGAAAAUACCACGGGAGGGUGUUGUCUAGAAGUUCUUCGCCCAUUGAUGCAAUGAUUAGUCUGCAUAAUGUGAGCUUCUAUGAUGAAGGAAAGUAUAUAUGCAAAGUAACUACAUUCCCAUUGGGAAAUACACAAUCGUUAACAAUUGUAACUGUACUGGUUGAGCCCACUGUAAGUUUUACCAAAGGGCCAAAUUCUCUAAUAGACGAUGGAAAGUGGGCAGUGGCAGCUAUUUGUACAGCAGCCACUGGGAAACCCACUGCAAAUAUAAAUUGGGAAGGAGACUUUGGUAAAAUGGAAUAUAAUUCAAUUUCCUUUCCAAAUAGAAUGGUAACAGUUGUAAGCCGAUAUAAGAUCAUUCCCUCUAAAUUUGCGAGGGGAAGGCGUAUAACUUGUAUCGUGAAACACCCAGCUUUAAACAAAGAAAUAAGAUACUCUCACGUACUAGACAUCCAAUAUGCCCCUGAAGUAUCAAUAACUGGUUAUGACGGAAAUUGGGUUUUCGGCGGAAAAACUGUUCAGCUUAAGUGCAAUGUUAAUUCCAAUCCGCCAACUAUAAAAGUCACCUGGACCAGGCUAGAUGAACAAUGGCCUACGGGUUUAGUAUCCGUGAGUGAUACGCUAUAUUUCAGUGGCCCAUUAGCCUACGAAUACAUUGGAAUCUAUAUUUGUAGGGUAAUAAAUUCCAUUGGUCAAAGAAGCGAUCAACAAACUAUCCAUAUAUUAGAUCCUUCUAUUAUUACUACACAAUCAUCCACGGUUCCAUGGUGUCCUUUGACUGAUAACAUUGCAGGUUUGGCAUCGGCCUUAACCUUAACAGCGAUGCAGGAAAGCAAUUGGGGUACCAUUAUCGAUAGUGUAAUGGGUGGAGCUUUCUUUCUAAUAUUUGUAAGCAUUUUAGUUGGAGUUAUCUGUUAUGGAAGAAGGCGAACGUUCCGUGGCAACUAUGUCAUUGAGGACCACACUCCGUCGACUGACAUAGAGGAAGAGUCUCAAGUAGAUGUUUCCCAGUCAGCUGAUGAUUAAUAAUUAUUGUCAUAGGUUCAAGUUGUUAUAUUUUAUAGUUUGUUAGAGACCG